UGGAUCAUCAUCUCUUAUUUGCAGAGUAAAGUGUUGGAAAGGCUGGGAAAGGAGAACUACCCUUUGAGUCUUAAAGUAUCUGACAAUGUCCCUUUGUUGGUAAUUGUGCUUCUGUUUGUGUGUAAUAGGAGCCGCAUCAGAGACCAGAGACUAAAAAGAACUUCCUCCAUGUGCGCUGGGCUUUUCCUUUGCAACAGGCAGAGAGCAGCUACUUUAAGACGGCGCAGGACUACGGCUACGAGCAGUCGAUGAUGGCCCGCUUCUGCAAGCUGCUGGAGGAGAACGUAGAGCACCUCGUGAGCGGCAGGCUGCCGGUGCUCCAGCUGACCGUGCAGUACAGGAUGCACCCCGACAUCUGUCUCUUCCCCUCCAAUUACAUUUACAACAAGAGCCUGAAAACCAACAGAGGGACUGAGAGCGCGCGGUGUUCCUCAAGCUGGCCGUUCCAGCCUUACCUCGUGUUCGACGUCGGCGACGGCUCAGAACGACGGGAAAAUGACUCAUAUGUAAACAUUCAAGAAAUCAAAGUGGUGAUGGAAUUGAUUAAACUUCUCAAAGACAGAGGAAAGGAUGUUAAUUUCCGAAACGUUGGCAUCAUCACCCAUUACAAGGCUCAGAAGAUGAAGAUUCUGAAGGAGUUGGACAAAGAAUUUGAAGGAAGAGGGCUAGCAGAAGUAGAUACUGUGGAUGCAUUUCAGGGUCGUCAGAAAGAUUGUAUUAUUGUUACAUGUGUCAGAGCGAACGCCAUACAAGGCUCAAUCGGGUUCCUGGCGAGUUUGCAGAGGUUGAACGUCGCCAUUACACGGGCCAAGUACAGCCUCUUCAUCCUUGGGCACCUGAGGACCCUGAUGGACAAUCAGCAUUGGAACCACCUGAUUCAGGACGCGCAGAGGCGUGGCGCCAUCAUCAAGACCUGCGACAAGAACUAUAAGCAGGACGCCAUGAAGAUCCUGAAGCUCAAGUCGGUGCUGCAGCGGAGUCUGACCUACCCCCCUUCUGCGGCCGCUGAGGGCUCCGGCCCCCAGGGCGGCUCGCCGGGCAGCGACCAGAGCAGGACGUUGCUGAGUGACUCCCUGUACCACGCAUCCUUGGACGCUAGGGAGGCUGCGGAUAGUGUUGCUGGAAAGGAUCUUGAACGGCCUCCUGUUAAGGACCAGCUUCGGGACCCACGACUGCUCAGGAGAAUGGGCAUAAGCGCUGAAGCCCCAGGGAGCUUCCCAAGGGACCCAGAGCCCCGGGGCCCCCAACAUUCUGAAGCAGCGCCCCCCUUAGGAGUCCCCGGCUUCCCUGUGAGUCCCCAGACUCUGGACCGCGCCUUGAAGCUGUGCCUGGCCACAUGGAACAGCCACAGACCUCACGUGCCGUGUGAACCUCCUGGCGCCAGCACUGACUCCACAAAUGAAAGUGACCAGCAAGGGGGUCACAGCCACCAGAGAGAGGCCAGGGCUGUCAGUGACAGGGACCAGGAGAUGCCCCGCCCUGGGAACCAUCACCCCAAGAGGAGCUCCAGCUGGGACGAUGGGAGAGCCGCGGAGGAGGACAGCGGCUCAAAGAAGAGGAAGCUCUAGCCACCGGGCGCGCGCGGCCAGCUGCAGGCACACUGCAGGCAGCACGAGGGCUUCAGCUACGAUUGUUUCUCCUCAGGAGUGUGUGCUGUUGGGGAGCAUGGGCACUGUAACUGAGCCCUGAGCCUCUUGCUCAUCGUCAGCUGCCAAAGCUCCAGGGGGUGCAGGGUCAGUGAUAAUGCCCCGAAGUGCAGCCUGCAGCGCUGACCUCUUGUUCUACAAAAAGUUAGGUCAGACUGGAGCGAGUAUUGUAAACGUUGAAAUGUAUAUUUGUAUAGCAAACAGCAAAACCCUUUUAAAAGUUAAUCUAGUAGACCACUCUUCUUCCCUUGCUUACAAUGUGAGUCCUUUUUGCCAGAACAGACUUUGUAUUACAAAGAGAAGAGCAGGAGAGGCGGGUUGAGCCACUAUGGCAGCGGGUGUGCAAUAGGCGGGCCUGGGCAGCCGGGCGCUGCUGGCCAGUGUGUCCGGUUCUGUUUACAAAGUGAAGGCAGGUUCUGAUGGACGUUUCUAGACGAGGCAUCUUGGCACGGACAGGACAUUUCUGGGAGGAAUUCAGCCACCUUUUAGUAGGC